AUGACCUCUCCGAAUUCCCGAAAGUCGGUGGAAAACAUAACUUCCCCGUCCUCGACCUCCUCGCUACCCCAGCUACCUUUUCUUCAAUCCGAUCCCGGUCGUUCUUUUUACCGGCCGAGACAUGAAUCCCGCCGCGGCUCGACGGCGAGUUCGAUUGCGAGCUCAGGAGCCGCUUCCAUUCUUACACUGCACAAUGGCUCGAUAGCAGAAUCCGGCCAGAAUGCUAUAUCGACUCUUCUCCAGCCGCCAAUCGUCAGGACUGGCUUGCUUCCUCAUACCUCUGCCCCGUCUAGCGGGUACAAACCACCGUCGACCAGAGAUAUCCCCCCCGUUACUUUGACAAAUAUCCCACAUGUGGAAUCAACAUCCUUUGAGGCCUAUAUUUCACAGAUCGGUUCUUUGUAUGACUCGCUACGCCGCGCCAAGGAAGCUGUGAAUAAGGGCGAGGGUCAAUUGUUCGGAAAGCAUGCGGAAACGUCGAAAGUGUCUGAGCUAGAUACCAUAUUAUCUCAGCAGUUGGAUAGGCGGCAGUCAGUCUCCAGUUCGCUGCUCAGCGCAUCAGGGGAUGUACCUGGAAGGAGGGGCUCGUCACUGAAUUACCGAAGUCGUGGGCCAUCCGCUACCCCUUUAUCGACUAUCCCAAGGGUAUACUUUGACGAAAAUUUUCAGCUCGAAAAUCCGCGGACGUUUGACAUUGUCUCCGAACGGUCCGAAGUCAUCAGCUCUCGCAAACCGUCAGAGUCGAUCGAUAAUCCAGUAGAAAUCCAGCCGACCAAGAGAAAAGCGCUAGCGACCAAUGCCAUACUACAGGAAAAAUUAUCGUGGUACCUAGAUACUGUCGAGAUUCAUCUCAUUUCUUCUAUAUCUACCGCUUCUACCUCGUUUUUCUCCGCCCUUGGCUCGCUGCGGGAGUUGCAUGCAGAAGCCGAAGCAUCUGUUAAGAAAAUUCAAAUCUUACGCAGCGAUUUGGCUAGAUUGGAUAAGGAUAUAGCAUUGGGAGGGCUUAAAGUCGUUAAACUACGUCGACGCCGAGAAAAUGUUUCCAAACUUGCCAAUGCAAUGAUUCAACUAAAAGAGGUAAUCGAUUCCGUUUCCCAAUGCGAGCAAAUGGUUGAGAAGGGCGACAUCGAGGACGCCAUUGAUGAACUUGACGACGUUGAGCGAUUGAUUGCAGGCGAAAAGACUAUAAAACCACGGGCAGAUGCGCUCAGCGACUCAUUUAUUGAUCUGCGAGGCAUUAAGGCUCUGCAAGGUGCAUCAGAUGAUCUAAUGCAACUCCGGUACCGGAUUGGAAUGGGCUAUGAGAGCCGCUUCUUGGAAGCCCUGCUGCAAGACCUUAGAGUACAUGUUGAGGCUGUAGCACCUGAGAUUACAUUGCUGCGCUUAGGCGACACAUUCCAGAGGUCUCGUAGGGCGCAUCGCCAGAUCCCCUCGACUCCAAAGUAUAUGCAUGUGGACCAUGAGUUGCGAGCGAGGCUACGUAGAGAUUUGGCUGGCCUGGGCCGUUCUCACCAUACCAUGCCUGCUGCAACCUCCUUUAAAAAUGUCAUUUUACGAGAAAUGAAAAGUAUAAUUCGACACCAGCUUCCGAGUUCGAGUGACGAUGACACGGAGUCGAUAAUGUCUGCAUCGACCCGCGGUGGGAGACAGCUCACCCAACAGGAAAAGUCAUCAAUACUCGCUCGUAAUUUACGAGCAUUAGAUCCAGAAGAUGCCCACUCCAUGCUCACAAAAAUUUAUACCGGCAUCAGCGAGUCAUUGAGACGUCUCAGCGUUCAAGUCAAAGUUCUUCUUGACAUCACGAGUGGACUUGAACAUUCUCCCAACCCAAAUGCAAUCCGAUCCCCGUCUAGAAGCCCUUCCGUACCCAAUUUUAACGACCCCGCUAGCCCUGGCGAAUUUGCCACAAUCGCAAAGGAUGAGAUCUUGCAAGUGUUGGACAUGUCUAGCCUCCUUGGACAGGCCGUCGACAUCGUUCAAUCGCAAAUGGUAAAGGUGCUCAAGGUGCGGCUUGAGCAGAUUGAAAACCUGACUUUGCCGCAAUUUUUAAGGUACUUUAGCCUUAACAGACUCUUCGCUGAUGAAUGUGAGGCGAUUUCAGGAAGAAGUGGUGCAGCCUUGAAGACAGUGGUGGACAACCAAAUCAAAGCCUACAUUGGCAGCUUUUCAGAGCGCCAUAAACAUCGGAUUGUCCAGGUUAUGGAUUCUGACAAGUGGGAUGCAAAAGAUUUUGGUGAUUCUGAAACAGUUUUGCUUAACAGAAUCCUCCAGGCAAGCACUGGAGAGGUGGAUGUAUGGCUUGCGACAUCAAGAAUAUGGGAAGAUGAAGCAAACGGCACAGAAACAGCGACGAAUGGAUCCCCGAUCAAUGGCAAUGACGUAUCCGUCACCAGCAAGGAUCGGCUCCGGAGCGCCAUUAUCGAUGAGCAAAAAUACAUUCUACCAGAGUCUGCAAUCUUAAUGGUAAAAAUAAUCGAAGAUUUCCAGCAUUUAAUGACAGGAAUACCGAGCAUAAUUCCAGAUAUCGCUUCACAUUUCUUGGAAUGCCUCAAACUAUUUAAUUCCCGCCUAUCGCAGCUAAUCCUUGGCGCUGGCGCCACGAAGAGUGCUGGCUUGAAGAAUAUUACAACAAAACAUCUUGCACUUGCGUCCCAAGCCUUGAGCCUUAUUAUGGCGCUCAUCCCGUAUGUCAGAGAAUUUAUCCGCAGGCAUUGCACAUCUCCUCUUAUGGCUGAGUUCGACAAAGUCAGAAGACUCUACCAAGAGCACCAGUCAGGUAUUCAUGAGAAGCUAGUCGACAUCAUGAGCUCUCGUGCAGCUGUACAUGCCAAUUCCAUGAAGAAGAUAGAUUGGGAAUCGCAGAGGGAUGUCAAUGCUAUCAGCCCAUAUAUGGAGACCCUUGCCAAGGAAACUGGGACGCUACAUCGAGUUCUAACCAAACAUCUACCGGACACGACUGUCAUGAUGAUCAUGGUUCCUGUUUUCGCGAACUAUCGAGAUCAAUGGACCAGGGCGUUUCAAUCAGUUACUUUGAAUUCUGAAACGGCUCGUCAAAGGAUGUUAUCCGAUGUCCAAUUCUUCAAAUCCAAAAUAGACAAGUUAGAUGGAUCCGCUGAUCUAGGAGAACAUCUUAUUGGAAUUGUCAAGUCCAAAACAAUUGUCAGCCCACCGGCAAGCAGUGCUUCUCCUCAGCCUGUGAAAGGCCCUUCUUCCCCGCCCCAAGAACUAGAAACAGGUGACCCAGAGGCCGGCAAAGAUCAUACCUAA